AUGUUAGGAAACGAUUCGAGUAUUCUAAUUUUAUUGGCUGGCUUAAUACUGGCUUACGAUGCACUGACUAAAGUCGGCUGGUUUGCCCUGAAUUUUAUCAAGAUGAAACUCUGUAUGUUAUUACUGGCAAUACUCUAUCUGGUCAAUGCAAGAACAAUACAGGAUAGUGACAAUGAAAAACACCGACAUCGACGAAGAUCGAGAUAUCCAUAUUACGAUUACGACCGAUAUAAUUACGAUAGAAUCGACUAUGGUCGCGACGAUUCGAUAAAUGAAAUAAUACAUUUACUGCAAGAAAUAUCUUCAUAUAUAAAACGACCAGCUCCCCCUCCGCCUCCACCGCAAAUUAUUUAUAUUCCGUAUCCGGUGCCUUAUUCACCUUGUCCAAAAAAUAUAAGUCUACCAGAUAGAUUUCCGGAAAUGGAAGAUGAAAAUAUGAAUUGGGGUAUAGUUACUGGUGACAAGGGAACAAAUAUAGAAAGUGAAAACGAUGGCUCUAGACCCAUAAGUUUGGACCCUAUCGAACCUACACAACCGUUUCCAGAGAUGCCACCUGUUGAGCAUGGCAGCAGUCAAGCCGGGAUGCCAACUACAACAAAAGCGCCUGCACUGAAAUCACGAAUUUGUCAAGCUGCUAUAUUAAUAUGUUGCGAUUAUCCUGAAGAGGAACAAAGGAAACAAUGUUUCUAUCAAUAUAAAUGUUUCAGGACAUACUCCACUGGUAUUUCUUGUAACAAAGCAGUCAUCAAUAAAGCCUUUGAAGAAUUCACAAAAGCUUAUGGCUCGCGU